AGAAAAGACCAGGAAAACUUGUGUCGGCACAAUUUACCUAUAAACAUACCUGAGUUGCUCAUGAUGGAGUCUGCUGUUAAUGUGCUGGUGUCCCAGUUCAAGGCGUUUGCUGGCAGUGAUGGUUCCUCUGACACACUGAGCAGAGACGAGUUUCACAGACUGGUCACAUCAGAGCUCCCUAACUUUGUCAAGAAUUGUUGCAACCCUGCAGCUGUCGACCAACUUAUGAGCUCAUUGGACAAGGACAAUGAUGGCAAGCUCAACUUCCUAGAGUUCUGGCAGCUGAUUGGACAUCUUGCAAGCAAGCAUGGGGGGUUCAGCCAAUAGAGUGUCCUCAGAUACUCUGUUACAGUUCUACAUGUCUUACUGACUUGUCUGUCUGCCACACAGUUUGAAAAAAAAGGGAAAUUAGCCAAAUGGAAAAUACCCUAAAGUCUAUUUCAGCUGCUCAAUGCUGUAUUUUUAUCAGUGGUCUCCUUGUCUUUUUACCCAGUUCUCUCACCAGCUGCUGCCAAACUGGCACACACUCCGUCACAAAAUACUAUUCAACAGUUUCAGCAGUAUUAAAACCAGUCCAGGCAGUUUCCUACCACACACACACACGGACAUGCACUCACAGCUGCUUGUGCUUACAGGUCUGCGCGGGUGUUGAAUGGGAAUGUGUAUUGUCUGAAAGCUGAGAGUGGGUGUAUAAGCAUUAUGUAUUCUUGGCUUGUCUGAUUCUUGGAAAUGUAGUGUUUGUCAUCUUCCCCCAGGAGACAAACUGAGGUGUGUGAUGUUGGCAGAGCAAGACUUUUUGUUAAAACUGGUUAUAAAUUAAAAAAUAUAUAUU